GAAUAGAUCGGCCGCUCCAGCAGUCUCCGAUGUGAGCGGGGAGGAAGUGAGAAGACAGAGCAGGAAGCGGAGGUAGGGGGGGUUGCCUGGCGAGGACGAAUCGGGGACGCUGAUGCGCAGGCGGGACUGAGCGUCGGGCUGUGCCUGUCGGGAUACGGCGAAAGCAGGGGAAAGUUAAACUUUUUUGGGGCGGAAAGCGAACGGUGCGCAGGAAACAUGGAGGCCGGCGGCGAAGCGCCCAUGUCGUCCUUCAUCAUGGACGAGGAGACGCUGAAGAGGAAGCAGAGGGAGAAGCUGAAGAAGCUGCAGGCCACGGGGGGAAACCCCAGACCUGCCCGCUCCCUCUUCUUCCUCACGCUGAAGAACCCCUUCAGGAAAGCCUGCAUCAGCAUCGUGGAGUGGAAGCCUUUUGAGAUUAUCAUCCUGCUGACCAUCUUCGCCAACUGUGUUGCGCUUGCCGUGUUCCUGCCCAUGCCAGAAGAAGACACGAACAACACAAACACCAACCUGGAAAGUUUGGAGUACAUCUUUCUGAUCAUCUUCACCAUGGAGUGCUUUCUGAAAAUAGUGGCUUAUGGGUUCCUGUUCCACGCAGACGCGUACCUGAGAAACUGCUGGAACAUCCUGGACUUUGUCAUCGUGUUCAUGGGGCUCUUCACCAUAGCACUGGACACGAUCAACCACAUCAGCGGGGUGGAGGCUCCAGUGGGGGAAAAAGGGGGCGGGUUCGACAUGAAGGCCCUGAGAGCGUUCAGAGUCCUGCGGCCGCUGCGUCUUGUCUCGGGGGUCCCCAGCCUGCAGGUGGUGAUGAACUCCAUCCUGAAGGCAAUGCUGCCACUGUUUCACAUCGCCCUGCUCGUGUUCUUCAUGGUUACCAUCUACGCCAUAGUAGGGCUGGAGCUCUUCAAAUGCAAGAUGCACAAGACCUGCUACUACACCGGCACAAACAUCAUCGCCACGGUGGAGAACGAGAAGGCCUCACCCUGUGCCCAAGCGGGCAAUGGCCGCCGGUGCACCAUCAACGGCACCGAGUGCAAGGCCAGCUGGCCGGGCCCCAACUAUGGCAUCACCCACUUCGACAACCUGGGAUUCGCCAUGCUCACCGUCUACCAGUGCAUCACUAUGGAGGGCUGGACCGACGUGCUCUACUGGGUGAAUGAUGCCAUUGGUAAUGAGUGGCCCUGGAUGUACUUUGUGACCCUCAUCCUUCUGGGGUCCUUCUUCGUGCUCAACCUGGUGCUUGGUGUGCUCAGCGGAGAGUUCACCAAAGAGCGAGAGAAGGCCAAGUCACGCGGAGAGUUCCAGAAACUGCGUGAGCGGCAGCAGCUGGACGAGGACCUGAAAGGCUACAUGGAGUGGAUCACUCAAGCGGAGGUCAUGGACAAUGACCAGAACGGCCAAGGUCUCCUACCUCUCGAGGAGGGAGGGUCAGACACAGAGAGCUUGUACAACAUGGAGGGCAUGGGUCGUGUCCUCUACUACUUCCGUCGGUGGCGUCGCUGGAACCGUUUUUUUCGCCGGAAGUGCCGCACGUGGGUGAAGUCCAAGUUAUUCUACUGGCUGGUGAUCCUGCUGGUUUUCUUCAAUACUCUGGCCAUCGCCACGGAGCACCACCACCAGUCUGAAUCCCUCACUAAUCUACAAGACAACACCAACAAGGUGCUGCUGUCGAUGUUCGCGGCCGAAAUGUUCGUGAAGAUGUAUGCCCUGGGCUUGCCCUCCUACUUCAUGUCCCUGUUCAAUCGCUUUGACUGCUUCGUGGUGAGCAUGGGCAUCCUGGAGCUCAUCCUCGUGCACAUGGACGUCAUGACGACCAUGGGCAUAUCCAUCCUGAGGUGUAUCCGCCUCCUGCGCCUUUUCAAGGUCACAAAAUACUGGACGUCCCUCAGCAACCUGGUGGCCUCGCUGCUCAACUCCGUGCGCUCCAUUGCCUCCCUGCUCCUCCUUCUCUUCCUCUUCAUCGUCAUCUUCUCUCUGCUAGGCAUGCAGGUGUUUGGGGGCAAGUACAACUUUGCCGACCAGGAGGUGCGACGCAGUACUUUCGACAACUUCCCCCAGGCCCUCAUCAGCGUCUUUCAGAUACUGACAGGAGAAGACUGGAACUCUGUGAUGUACAACGGAAUCAUGGCAUAUGGGGGACCGGUCAUGCCAGGGAUCCUGGUCAGCAUAUACUUCAUCAUCCUCUUUGUCUGCGGUAACUACAUCCUCCUGAACGUCUUCUUGGCCAUCGCUGUUGACAACCUGGCAGAGGCAGAGAGUCUGACCUCAGCGCAGAAGGAAAAGGCUGAGGAGAAGAAGAGAAAGAAGCUGCUCAGAGCAAACCUCCCUGAGAAGGCUGAUGAGGACAAGGCCAUGUUGACUAAGAAACUGGCAGAGCAAAGGGCCAAGACUGAAGGCAUCCCCACCACAGCCAAGCUUAAAGUGGAUGAGUUUGAAUCGAAUGUCAACGAAAUCAAAGACCCAUUCCCCCCAGCCGAUUUUCCAGGUGACGAUGAGGAGGAGGACCCCGAGAUUCCACAGAGCCCCAGGCCCCGUCCAAUGGCAGACCUGCAGCUGAAGGAGAAGGCCGUGCCCAUGCCAGAGGCCAGCUCCUUCUUCAUCUUUGGACCACAGAACAAGUUUCGAAAGCUAUGUCAUCGGAUCAUCAAUGCCACCACCUUCACCAACAUCAUCCUCCUCUUCAUCCUGCUCAGCAGCAUCUCUCUGGCAGCUGAAGACCCCAUUGACCCCGUGUCCUUCAGAAAUCAGGUUUUGGCUUACGCUGACAUUGUCUUCACAUCAGUGUUCACAGCUGAAAUUGUGCUCAAGAUGACCACAUACGGCGCCAUUUUGCACAAGGGCUCCUUCUGCCGGAACUCCUUUAACAUCCUGGACCUGUUAGUCGUGGGCGUUUCCCUCCUGUCCAUGGGAAUGGAGUCCAGUGCCAUCUCUGUGGUGAAGAUUCUGAGGGUGCUUAGGGUCCUUAGACCCCUGAGGGCCAUCAAUCGGGCCAAGGGGCUGAAGCAUGUGGUCCAGUGUGUGUUUGUGGCCAUAAAGACCAUUGGCAACAUAGUCCUGGUCACCAUGCUGCUGGACUUCAUGUUUGCCUGCAUAGGUGUGCAGCUUUUCAAGGGUAAAUUCUACAUGUGCACAGAUCCCUCCAAAAUGACUGAGAAUGAGUGCAAGGGAUUCUACAUCAAAUACCAGGAAAACCAUCUGCAUGAAAUGGUGGUCGAGAAACGGGAGUGGAUCAACAGCGACUUGAACUUUGACAACGUGCUGAACGGCAUGCUUGCACUCUUCACCGUGUCCACGUUUGAGGGUUGGCCACAGUUACUGUACAGAGCCAUCGACUCUCACUCCGAGGACAUGGGCCCCGUCUACAACAACCGCAUCGAGAUCUCCAUCUUCUUCAUCGUCUACAUCAUCCUCAUCGCCUUCUUCAUGAUGAACAUCUUCGUAGGCUUCGUCAUCGUCACCUUCCAGGAACAGGGUGAACAGGAAUACAAGAACUGUGAGCUGGACAAGAACCAGCGUCAGUGUGUUCAGUACGCCCUCAAAGCUAGACCUCUGCGAUGCUACAUUCCCAAGAACCCAUACCAGUACAAGGUGUGGUACAUUGUGACGUCCUGCUACUUCGAGUACCUCAUGUUCCUGCUCAUUAUGCUGAACACCCUCUGUCUGGGCAUGCAGCACUGCAACCAGUCUGACCACAUCACUCACCUCUCAGACACCCUGAACGUCAUCUUCACAGUUCUCUUCACCGUGGAGAUGAUCCUCAAGCUCAUGGCCUUCAAAGUAAAGGGAUACUUUGGGGACCCGUGGAAUGUGUUUGACUUCCUCAUUGUCAUCGGGAGUGUCGUGGAUGUCAUCCUGAGUGAGAUUGAUAUUUACACAGGCCACGCACCACAGCAAGCGGUCGGUUUCAACUCUAGUUCACAGGACGUGGCUGCCCUCGCCACUAGUGGAGGGCUAUACUGUCUACACGGCUGUUCGGAGGUAAACCCAAUGCAAGCUAUAGCAGACUCAGAGAACGCUCGGGUCUCUAUUACCUUCUUCCGACUGUUCCGUGUCAUGCGUCUGGUGAAACUGUUGAACCGAUCGGAGGGCAUCCGGAAUCUUCUGUGGACCUUCAUCAAGUCUUUCCAGGCGCUGCCCUACGUUGCCCUCCUCAUCGUCAUGCUGUUCUUCAUCUACGCUGUUAUUGGGAUGCAGGUGUUCGGUAAAAUAGCUCUCGUGGACGGUACACAGAUCAACCGGAACAACAACUUCCAGACAUUCCCGCAAGCUGUCCUUCUGCUUUUCAGGUGUGCCACAGGGGAGGCCUGGCAGGAGAUCAUGCUGGCCUGUAUGUACGGGAAGCGGUGCGACCCAAAGUCAGAUUACCUGCCAGGAGAGGAGUACACUUGUGGGUCUAGCUUUGCCAUCCUCUACUUCAUGAGCUUCUACAUGCUGUGUGCCUUUCUGAUCAUCAACUUGUUUGUGGCAGUUAUCAUGGACAACUUUGACUACCUGACCCGUGAUUGGUCGAUCUUGGGUCCCCAUCAUCUCGAUGAGUUUAAGAAAAUAUGGGCCGAGUACGACCCUGAAGCAACGGGGCGAAUCAAACAUUUGGAUGUGGUGACUCUUUUGAGGAGAAUACAACCGCCGCUGGGUUUUGGGAAAUUCUGUCCUCAUCGUGUGGCAUGCAAGCGUUUGGUGUCCAUGAACAUGCCACUAAACAGCGAUGGCACGGUGACCUUCAAUGCUACCCUGUUUGCUCUGGUCCGAACGGCCCUUAAGAUCAAAACUGAAGGUAACUUUGAGCAGGCUAACGAGGAGCUACGAGCUAUCAUAAAGCAGAUCUGGAAACGCACCAGCAUGAAGCUGCUCGACCAGGUCAUUCCCCCGAUUGGAGAUGAUGAGGUGACAGUGGGAAAGUUCUACGCCACCUUCCUCAUCCAGGACCAAUUCCGCAAGUUCAUGAAGCGACAGGAGGAAUACUACGGGUAUCGCCCCACCAAAAAGAAUGCCACUGAGAUACAGGCGGGACUUCGCAGCAUUGAGGAGGAGGCAGCACCAGAGCUCCAUCGGGCGAUCUCCGGGGACCUGAUGGCGGAAGAGGACAUGGACCAGGGCUUAGAGGAGGGCGCAGAGGACGGCAUCUUCAGGCGUUCCGGGGGCCUGUUUGGGAACCACGUGGACCCCUUUGGCAUGGAACGGAAUAUCCCCCUGUCGAGCCACGUGACCAGCCAGCGGCCCCUGCAGCUCUCGGAGAACCGGCACGGAGACGCUGAGUUUUCCCCCGACUCCGUCUUCCACCCCAACACCGAGUUCUUCCCCAUGACUCCCAAUAAGGCCAACGCCAACAACAAUGCAGGCGCAUGGGUUUCUUGGGAACAAGAGAGGGAUGCAGAGUUUCAACUCACUGAAGAAAGCAACUACCAUUCCAGUAGAGACAAACAACAGUCCAGUUUAGGAGACCCCACGAUUUCCCCCAUGAGUGGCGCCCCCCAGAGGGACAAUGCAGAUAUGCUCCUGUCAGAAAUCACAGUGAGGACAGACAGUACUCAGUACCCAUACCACCCCAGCCACAGUGGUAGGGAGUCUAAUAACUCCCAGCAUGCAAUGGGCCCAGUGCCAGCAGCUGACCAGCUCAUACAGGAGGUCCUGAUACGAGGUGGUAUGGAUGUCUUAGCACGGGACCCCAAGUUUGUGACAGUGACAAAGCAGGAGACGGCAGAGGCCCUGUGUAUGGACCUGGAUGGUGUGGAGGGUUUGGCCACGGACAUACUUAACGGUCGCAGAGGCCGUGUAGUAAAACGGCGACCCAGACCUAUCCCCAUUCCUCCCAGCCCUGCCCAACCGCAGGACUUAAACCAGGCCAGCAGCAGCUUGUAGGCUGUGUCGUGAGAAGCACUUUUGUGACUGCACUGUGACAUCACAGCUUAUGAGGCUUUGUGAGUCACAUGGCGGGAAUGUAGAGCCUGAUUGGGUGGCCUUUGAAAAGAUUUGAGAUUGACAGAGCUGAGCAGGCUAAUAGGCAGUGUCUAGCCCCAUUACACAGGAUUUUAAGGUGACUGGAGUUUUUGUUUCUCUUACACAGAAAUAAGACAAAAAUGGGUCCUUUUAGAGAUGAGAGGGGUAAUGCUCUACUGCCUACACAGCUCAUGCUUUCUCUAAGGAAUUGAGGGAUAACUGAAGAAAGAAAACAGUUUUAUGAUCUUUUGUUUUACGCAUUAUGAAAGAAAUACCAUUUGAAGGCUUUUAUACAUUCUGAACCAUUUUUUAAAUUUAAUCAGCAUGUGUAAGUCGCUCAGCCCAAAAUAUGGGGGCACUAUUAGGGCUACCUCUGAGUAAAGAAAGUGCAAGUGAGUCUGUUGUGCUCAUAGCAAAUGAGAACACUGUACAAUGCUGAAAUGGUCAGCCUACAGCCAGAAUAAAAUGGAGGAGUUUACAGAUAUACCCCAUUCAGCACUGCCCCCAAAGAUAUUAUCUAAUUCCAACACUGUUUCCCCAUGGGAUAAUCAAUAAUAAAAUUAAUUAAAAAUGGAUGAAACACAAAAAUGCAUGGAAAAAAUUAAUUUAAAAAGGAGUAAAAACAUGCACAUUCAAAAUCUCAACAAGUGACAGACAGAAAACAAAUCAUAAUAUACAAAGUAGAGUCCGCACACUACUGUAUACUGCUCCAAAUAUAAAAGUGAUGUUUCCAACUAUAUGCUCUUGAUCAAAUAAAUGCUUUUAUCUUGGGACCAGUAGGCCUAUACAGUAUGUGGACUCUAUCUAUUAUAGAUAAAUGAAUAUACACAUUUUAAGCCAGGCUGGCAGCACCUGGCUCUAUUUACAGGAGUUGGUGCUUGGCUUUGAUUAGCAGUAGCCAUUGAGAACAAACAAAGCAGUCUGAAGAAUCUGCCGUUCCCUUUUUCCUCUAACAGUGGUGAUGGGCUUCAAGGCAGUAAGAAAGUGAACAGGAACUAGUGUGAGUUCUGGACAAAUUAAAGUGCUUUAUUGCAGAUUGCGUAUCUGCUGAUUGGUUCAGUUUCUUAUUUAAUUUUUUAUUAGACUUUUCUGAGAGUCAAAAGUUCUGUGGUCUUGUUAAACUAAUUUUUAAAUGUUUUCUUGUUUUAUAAUUUAUUAUCUAUCAACUUUACAUUAUUCUGUUGUUCUUAUAAAUAAAUACUAUGUUUACCUUCACUGUAGGCCAAAUGUAUAAUGCAUAGGUGAGAAGUAAUGCAAGUUAUUGCAAGUAAUGCAAGCCAUUUUUUAACUUAAGAGAUAUCAACAGGAUUGUGACACAUCAUUUUGUUAAUUUGCUGGGUUGAUUGCAUGUCAAAACAUCUUGACCUCGUUGUGAAGAUUAUUUCAUCUAAUUUACAAAGAAGCAUUUAUCCUCUUCCUGUGAAGAACUUGGCACUGUCUAUUUGGUUCUCACAUUUAUUUAUUUAUUCUUUUCAAAAAAGCUUAAAAUCAGGCCUGUAGGUGUUUUCAUGCAAAGGAGAAAAGCCAUUUACGGUGUUAAUGAAUUUGAAUGUGUCUCUCAUUUCAACAUAAUUAGCAAUAUUCACAUUCUUCAACUGCAUUUACAGACGUUUCUAUGUACAACCCAUGUUAAGAGACCUGUUUUGUGUUGUACUCAGAGGGGGGAUUUCUAAUAUCAAACUGUGCUAGAAGGAAAUUCAAUAAAGAGGAUAGGUUUUUGCUAGAGUAAAGAACAUAUUUUCAUGCUAAUGCCCAGAUUUAUUCUGUCACGUGCUUAUUUGUUUGGCUCUCUACGUAUUCUACUGGGUUACAUUUUAUUACACAGGCUGACCUGUAUCUACUGAUAUUUUCAUAUUGAUUUCUGUGCAUUUUAAGUUUGAGAGCCGCGUUUUCCCCCAGUACUUACAGUGCAUUCUUCUGCUUCGAUACGAGUGUAAGAAAACUGCCUCAUGGGAAUGUUUCUGAAGACUCAUGCCUGAGUCAGAAUACAGAAUAACUGCCCUUUCAGAUUACAGUUAUAUUCAUUGUCUCUGUUUUGCUCAUUCAGAUGAAACUAUGUACAGUGCAGUUUUCCUGUACCAUUCCUGGACUAAAUCCAGAGGAUUUGGCAAUUUAUAUGAAGACAAUUUGUGGUUUUACAGUGGUUGGUCUCUUCUAGCAAACAAAUUAUUAUUAUUAUUAUUAUUAUUAUUAUUAUUAUUAUUAUUAUUAUUAUUAUUAAUAGUAGUAGUAGUCAUACUGAUGCUCUUAAUAUUUUAUUAAGUUCUAUUUAUUUAGUCAAUAAAUUCAAGCAAUGCUGGGAUACAAAUUUCUAUUGUACAUUUCAUUGUUAUUUACAGUAUACCAUAAAUCUAAGACUCAGAAAUGUAUUCAUUGAAGAGAAUCUGAAGGCACAAAGAAGCUGUGUGAAAUUUGUGAUGUCCGAAAUUACAAGAGUAUUCAGUCAAAAUGAUCUGAAAGGAGAUCCUGUGUUGUUUACCCGACUUAUCCACAAAUUUAUAAUUAAUUUUCCCCUUGCUGCUUACAUUGUCUUUUGUCUCCAUAAUGUAUGGUGCACAUCUGUGCACAUAGAAA